AUGUGCAUUUUCCUCCCACCCGUUGACCUACCCAAUGACCCUCUCAAUGCUACUUCCCAAUCCCAAAUCUUUCUCACCAUUGCUCUCUUUCUCCCUUCCCUCAAAAACACUUUAUCUUCACUAACCACCACUACCCGUUUGGUUUCUCUUGUCAUUGAUACAUUCGGCAUUGCUGCCAUCGACAUAGCCAAGGAAUUUGGCAUCUCACCUUAUUUGUUCUUCCCUUCCCCGGCCAUGGCUUUGCUAUUUUGCCUCAAUUUACAAAAACUCGAUGAGACGGUUACAGUUGAGUACAGAGACUUACCUGAACCGGUACAACUCCUUGGUUGUGUACCGAUUCAGGGUAAAGAUCUCCCUGAACCGGUUCAAGACCGAUCAGCCAACGCAUACAAGAAGCUGAUUAACAAUGUAAAGCAGUUUCGUUCAGUCGAGGGCAUAAUUGUGAAUAGCUUCGUAGACAUGAAAGAUGAAGCUAUAAAAGCUUUGCAGGCUGAAGAACCAGACAAGCCACCGGUUUAUCCAAUUGGACCGCUCAUCCAAGUUGAUUCGAGUGAUGGGUUGGACUAGUCUAAGUGUUUGUAAUGGUUAGAUGGUCAACCAAGUAAUUCAGAUUUGUUUGUAUCAUUUGGAAGAGGUAGGACUCUCUCUCAUGACCAACUGAAUGAGCUAGCAUUGGGUUUGGAACUGAGUGGCCAAAGAUUUUUGUGGGUUGUGAGAAGCCCUAGUGACAAGUCUGCUAGUGCUGCUUUUUUCAAUGCACGAAGCCAAAAUGAUCCUUUGAGUUUCUUGCCAAAAGGGUUCUUUGAGGGGAGACAAGGUCGAGGCCUGGCGGUGCUGUCAUGGGCACCGCAGAUUGACGUGUUAAGCCACUGUGCCACAAGUGGAUUUUUGACUCACUGCAGGUGGAACUUGACACUAAAGAGUACCGUGCAUGGUGUACCUCUAAUUGCUUGGCCAUUCUACGAGGAGCAAAAGAUGAAUGCGGUGAUGCUAACAAGGGUCUAA